AUGGCACCUCCAAGAGGAAAGAUCAAUUGUCCCCGGACGGAGCUGAAGAAGAAGCUGUUCAAGCACCACACGGUAUUAAGCAGGGAUCAGCGACAGAAGUGCCAGGUGGUCAGGGCUGUGAUAGACAAAGGGCUGACUAUGAAGCCCCAGCUCAAGAAGCAGGCGUCCAGUGCUCGUGCCAACAUUACACUGUCUGAGAAGCAGCACAGGAAGCUCUUGCAGCAGAUCCGCCUUGCCCAGAGAGAAAAAGCAGCCAUGGAAGUGGAAGCCCCCUCCAAGUCAACCAGGACUAGUCAGCCACAGCCCAAGCGACAAAAGAAGAUAAAAGCUCCCCAGGACGUAGAUAUGGAGGAUCUUGAAGAUAAGAGCUAAAGUUCCUACCUCUUCUACCAGAAGGUUCUCAACAGCACCUAGAAGGAUUUGGAGGAACUUUGGAAAAAAUAUUACCAUAUUUCAUUUUCCCAGACACCUCUUCUACAAUGG